AUGGAGCUCAAAGAAGUUGUGCUAUUAAUGUGUGUACUGGCUGUCAGUGCCAAUAGCAUUGUUAAUAAGGAAGCCGCUGACAACAUUGCAGCCGUUGAGACAGUGAAUUCGACCAGCAUCAUCAGCACCGUAGACUCAGUAAGCACUGAAGCAACCGUGACCCUGGACAACGUCACCAGCACUCAGUCACCUCCCAUGAGCGUCGUCAGUAAGCAACUCGAAAAUAAACUCUACAAUUUUAUCGUGGCAAGGAAAUUUGAUGAAGCUGUCGAGAACACCAUUUCUUUGUAUGGCGCAGGCGGGUGCAAUAUCAUCGAACGGGUCAUAGAACGGUUGUUCGACGAGGGUCAAUCUAUAGUAUUUGAUUACUCCUAUAAAUUCUCAAUCUCCAGAGCCGCGUACAUCGUAAGUAGGUGUUUCCCUGCGGUUAUUCGAAUCCACGAAAGCUUGGUAUUCGCGAAAUUGAUUAACAAGAGGGACGGGUACGCUCUUACGUACAGUAACCGGGUAGAAUCCGAUGGUGACCGAAGAGCUUUAGGCGAUCACAACACCAAAACCAGGAUAGGUAUUGAGUGGUCGUUAGUCGCACAUUGGUCAGGAGACAGGCUUUAUUACAAGAUGCGUCCUCUAAGAAUAGCUAUGUUCUUAAAAUUAGGAAACAGUACAGACGAAGACGGUGACCAUACCGCUUAUAUAUCUCACGACGACAGCACGAACAGGCACUUGUGGACCAUACAACCGGUGAGGCACAAUGGCGAGCUCCUGUUCUACAUCAUCAACCGGGAGUUCGACAAGCUUCUUAAAUUCGGUCAAUCAACCGAACACGACGGAUACCGCAUUGCUUAUGGCCACUCGACGAAGGACUUCAACCCGGAUAUGUUCUCGUGGUACAUUAAAGUUAUGUAA